AAUGUUUUCACUUAGAAAGGACCAGGACAGCAACAUUAUACAGUCCUCCACCAGCACUACGUAAUGAGUCUCUGCAGGAGAUGCAAGAAAAAGGACUUUGUUCAAAAUCAAGACAUGAAGAGUGCACUGCAGUAAACAAGAAGGCUUGCUCUGAGGAUAUAGACUGUGUCUAUCCUAUUUUUUGGGGUGAGCACAGCCUUUCUGAGCGAUAUAUAUACUUUUCUGUGUAUACAGGCCAAAAGGACAAUUGGUACAAGUUUGGAAGAACAAUCUGCACAUUUGAUAGUAAGACUGGUAAAUGGCACUGCCAGUGCAGAAGUUCAAAAAUUCGGAUCAGUUGUGUCCAUAGAUACAUAUCCAUGUGGUGGCUUUUUCAAGAGCAUCCCCAGCUGUUACAAAAUGCAAUGGACACUUCAAAUGAGGAUAUUGAAGAUGUUGAGGAGAUGAUCAGUGCUGCUGAUGACAUCCACCAACAUUCACGUAGUAGUAUCAUCAUGGAAACCAACUAUUUCUGGAGUUUAAAAAGAAUACCAGAGGACCUUCCAGUGGAUUUAACCACAGUAGAGAAGCCCAUUCCUGAAAACUUUGAACCACUAGAAGUACAGUGCCCAUACUGUCCUGGCCCAUCUCCUCCAGAUCUUGGAAACAAUAUACUCAUCACCCAACAAGCAACUGUUUAUGGAAUAUUUAAACAGUUUAAAGGUGUUUCUGUCUAUGCCAAGGAGUGUCCUGUCUGCAGAAACAUGGUCCGGUUUCAGCAAUAUGAGAGUGGGUUUCACAACUACAAUAACAGAAUUUUUCUGUCAAUCCCUUUAUGCUCUCUUCUGGCGGCUGGUGUUUCAAAUCAUAUUGCUGUGGGUCGGCUGUUUAGAACAAUCGAAUCCCAUUCAAGAACUGCUUUGCCAAUCAACAUGCUAAGAAAGGCAUUCUACCAUAUCAGUGCUUUAAGGCAGUACUCGUACAAUUUUUCUUGUUACCGCUGUGGUCAUCAUCCAUCCAUUAUCAUAGCAGACACCAACUGGAAAGUUGCAUUUGAUAUACCAGUUAGUCUUAUGAGACGCCCAGACAUUCAGAACAUUAACCCCCAGGACACCCUCGUUAAUGUGGCAGCAAGAUGGGAAAACCUGGAAAAGGAGAUCAUUGCCACUGGAUUUUGUGAUGACUCAUCUAACAAUCCUUUCUCAAGUCCACUGACAUAUUCUGCAUUUGCUCCUUGGAUUGGACGACACACAAGACUAAAUGACAAGCUUCCGAAAACUGAAGUUUUCAAAGGUCUCUCUCAGAGUGAAAGGGUGAGCUCUGUAUCCCGUGAAAGCCAGCAAGUUGAUGAAGACCAGAUUUUACAAAUACUGGACUCCAAAUCACACAAAAGAGAAGACCUAGUGAAGGCAUGCAACUCUCUUGGAGUGUCAGUGGCUGGCUCACAAACAGACCUUAUAAACAGGCUGGAGGAGCUUCUACUUUAUAAGGAGGUUUACCCCAAAAUGUUUGUGAAGCUGAAAAAAGCUGGUGGUGGAGUAUUACACAUGGGCUGCACUCAUGGUGCUGUGUAUUAUGCAUCACCAUUAUGGUGGCAGGAAUCUGCACGGGACCACGGGGAUGCUCUGCUAAGUUUUAAAUAUCCCCCACUGUGUACAUCUCUGACAUCGCUGGACGUGUUGCGAGGCAUGUUAAUAAUCGCACUCAACAGAGAUUUUUUCAGCCCAAUGAUGGAAGGGUAUGUGUACCAACGGACACAAAAUAUCACUGGCAGCUGCAGGACAGUCAACAGUCAACCUUGCAUGGAUGGAAAAAAUCAGGAGGAAAGCAAGACAUGCAGAAGAGCCCAAAGAAAUGGACCGAUUCUCAUGUCCACACCCUGAGACUGGGACAUCAGACCGGUACUCUCUGUAUGACAGAUUUCACCAAAAAAAAAACCAAAAGCGUCCUGAAGAGAGACUGCGUAGCCUGAAACUAAUACCAGAUCUGGCUUGUCUGAUUGAUUCUUCAGCAGCAGAACAAGUUAAACAGAGAGCUUUCCUCAAGUCGAUAUUCACUGUGCCAGAUGAAGGACAUACACUAUAUGUUCUCACUACGUUUGUUUUUUCACCUGCACAAUGAAAGACUUAAUAGCUUGUUCAUGAAGGAAAUGGAAAAACAGAGCACAGUGGAGGCCAUACGAAUUGGAUUAGAUGGCAAACUGAUAUGUGGCCAAACAGAAACACACACAAGAAAAACAGACAACAUUGAACAACAGUCCAGAAGUCCUCAGGCUCCAGAAAAGGAGGACAGUCCUACUGUGGAUGGCUACCAUUUUUCAGUGGCAAUGUUUCCAAUUAAUGAGAAAAAUAAGGACAAAAUCAGACAGCUGUAUGCUGUUGAGAGGAGAGAGCACGAUGUCAUAGCUAGAAUCUCUCGUUACGCCUCGUUGGAACUGCGUGAUCUGAAAUGUCUGUGCCCAACUGAUCUCUUGAAAGACACCAGUAGCCAACUGAUGCCAUGGCUAUAUGAUAAUACAGUAAACUGUCGGAUUGCACAAAUUGCCUCAGAAACCCAGAAUGUUGUAGCCUUGACAACUGACACAUUCAUUUUGUGGUACAGGGACUGGCUGGCUUCAAGAAAAAUUUCAGAUUCACAUCUGAAAAUUCUUGAGAAUGAUGCACAGAAAAUACUUCUACCAAGAAUUGUUGGCACGGAUAGGACACAAGAGACAGGAUGCCACUUCAUUCUUUGGGUUCUUGACAAGACUGAACAACAAAUAAGGAUUUAUGACAACACAGGACAUCACAUUAACAUUUCACCCUCUGAUAUGGAAAUUCUGAAAGAUGCAUUUAGAAAUGUAGAUUCCCUGGAUGUGUGGACAGUGUGCAAUCCACAGCAAUGGCGGAGAAAUGAUGGAAAUAACUGUGGUGUUUUUGUUUGCACAAUGGCCGAGAUGGAAGCAAAAGGUCUCAAAAUGUCUUCUGAGUUGCUUCACACUGACCAGCUGAUUCAUCUUCGGGUUUACCAUGCCUCCUGUUUGGUUGAAAAUCUACAAACAGAGGACUUCCCACCUAAGAUUACAACGUGUAAAGCUAAAAACAGAUGUAUGGCCCAAGACCUUGGUGUUUGCAUAUUUCAAGAAAUGCGGACAAAAACCAUGCAUCCAGAUGUCAAAACACUGGAAUGGAUUCAGUGUGACCGUUGUAACAAAUGGUUGCACAGUGACUGUGCUGGCAUUGAUGCAGAAAUGGUCACAGAGGACAUGCCAUUCAAUUGUGGAUGUGACAUUGAUCAAUCAUAUUCUUAUAAUAAAACACUAUCAAUGUUGAAGCAGGGAUUGGUGGUGGACACUGUAAUGACAGACCAGGACAUUAUGGAACUACACAAUGGCUUGACAAGUGGCACAAUGAGAUAAAACAGGAUGUUUUUGCAUAACCAUCCAACAUUUUGUCCUAAGCUGAAGAUGAGACUUAAUGAAAGGAUUUCUAUUUUUGAUGAACAACAGACAGAGGGGAUAAUUGAGAGAAUUAAAAGAGUCACACAGAUGGACAUGAAAGAAUUAAGUAAUGCAUCCUACAUUCUGGAAGUUCUAACUCCUGAGUUCUCUUCUCUUUCUGCUCUUUGUCAAUUAAAGGUAACCCUCUUAAUCCUAAAAAAGACAGAGGGCUUCCACAGGUUCCAGGCAGAAAUGGCUUUGCAAACAAAGGGACAUUUAGAAUUAUCCUCAGAUUCUGAUCCAAAGUGGUUUUGAUGGCAAUGGGAUGCCUCCAUUAUGUUACAUAAUAUUACUGACUUCUCUGUGUGCCCUUCCCUGUUAUGUUUAUCAUGUUUGUUGUAUGGUUAAGUCUAAAAAAUAAACAAAUAAAAAGGUACUUUAUAUAAUAUAUGGUGCCUUUUUGAGUUUGCUUCAAAGUCAAAAUGUGUACCAUGUUUUUAAAACUC